UAUAGUGUAUACUGUAUCUCCUGAACAUUAUCUAUGUAUGUAAAAUAUUCAACACAGGUGCCCAAGGUUCUAUUCUGUUACAGCUUUGAUGUCAGUCAGUAGAAGAGCAUUGUAGUCGAGAGGCUGAAUGUUAAUUCCAAUCUUCCAACAAGCAGAUGUCUCUGAAAUCUCCCCAUUUUUAAUAACCAUACAUGUGCUGUUGGUCUUUUCUGGCAAGUUCUUCAAUAGAAGUAUUGUUAUCCUGGCCACAUUCAAGGUCAAGGUACUGGAGAUUCUUUCACAGGAGCGGAAGAGUAAAAAUAAAUUCCUAGGGAUCCCAUUCCAUCUGUAUUAACAAAAUACACACACACAUGGGAGAACACAGUUUGGGAAUAUACAUCCCCCAGGUUGUUCAAGGUUUUGUAACUAUUCACAACACUGGAACAUCCCUCCCAUCUGCACAUGACUUGGCAACAUUUUCUCAACAGAAUAAUUAGGAGUGAGGUUGUACCUCUGCUCUAGAAGCACUAGGCUAUCUAACGGCAACUGGUCUUCUUCAAAUAAUGUCUUUGACCCUGUAUGCUCUGGAGAAAAAAGGGUUAAAAUAGUGGCAUCAAGGAUACCUACAAUUAUAUCGAUACAGCAGAGAAAUGGGUAUUUUCUGUGCCGUGUGGUGGUUUUUGUUUCCUCUCAUGUGUCAAUCAUUGCCCAGCAACGUUGGCGAGAGGGACAUAGAAGAAGGUAUGACGGACAAGAAAAAUCACGUGUUACCAGUAGACGUGUCAUACGCUGAACAAAAUGAGACUGUAUGUGAAGCAUUAUCAGGAACAAGUUGGGGUGACCUGGAGACACAUGGGCUCCUCAGGGAGUAUGAGGCUGCCUUUCUGGAUUCAGUCAAUCAAGAGUCUUGGCAACAGCCACAGCUGUUUGGCAUAUGCCUAGAAGACAAGCAGUCCACAGCUCUGAUAGCUACAAAGCAACUUGCAAACUUUCUUGUGGAUCAUCAAGGAAGACAAUUGGUUAUCAUGCACCUGAAAAAAGUGACGUGGGAAUCUGGGGUCAGCAUGCAUUUUCAUGGAAGCGUACAGGAAUCUAUUCCUCCCAUCCUUCAACACUUGCACUUAUUACUAGGAGUAUUUUUUCUUGAUACCCGCAAGCUUCCUGUGGGUCAUCUUAACUCCAAGAUCAGAAUGUCAGGAGAAGCUUUCCCUCAACCACAAGUUGUCUGCAUGUCACCAGAGACCCGCUAUCUUGUCCUCAAACUCAGUGGAAUGGUUAGGAGUGUUGAGUCGGGAGACCUAACACUUCACAUCACCUUUCAUAUGAAACAAUAUCCUGAGGGACUUGCAGUUUCAGCUACUGAAUCAGAACAGUACCUCUUUGGUAUGGAUGAAAAUUGUUUGACCAAAAUCACACCGGUUAUACUCAUGAUUGUAGGCCAUCAUGCCCAGGCUGCAGUCUAUCCAUCCAUCGUGAAGUCUGAUCGAAAAAGACUGGGUUCCAGGAUGCAGUCUAACCAAAUGGUGAUUCCACCUAAGAAUAAGGAUGAUUUUUUAGAAACACUGGCUCACUUCUCAACACUUCUGAUGCCAUCUAAUGGAAAAGCAUCUUCUUCUAUUCAUCUUCCUCUUGAUCCUUAUGACGGCAAUGCUGGUGACCUUCGUCCCCAACUUUUCAAUGUCACAGAAACUGAGGCCUUGGAAUGGCUGGUUGAAUCUCAGGAACCUCUUGUUCUUCUAUUUUUGCCUGGCAGCAAAGAUGUACUGGCCAGGAGAAUUCAAGGUAGCUUGAAUGAAACACUGCUAGAGAAGAUAACAGAAAAGAUGCAAGUGGUACUGGAAGACUUGAAGGGAAUUCUUUCAACUGCUGAGCAUAUCCAAGUUCUUCAGAAACUUAUAAACUCUUGUUAUGGUUAUUUUAACAUAAGCUAUUUGCAUGUGGAAGAGGAGAAAGCACCACAGUUGUCUGAAAGUAAGCAUAGGAAACUACAUUCUCUGAUGCUUCUUAAAAUGUUACAGACAGUUCGAGCUUAUUGGUUGGACCACAAAAAACUUUCCCGCCAAAACCGGGGAGCAGAUCUGAAGCCUCACUGCCGCUUGCAAGAGCUUACCAUCAACUUAAAACCUCAUGCAGAAUAUAAGGAUAUUCAUCUUCCAGAAGAAAUCAACAUAAAGAACUGUGUUGGUCCUUGCCGAUUUCCACAGACAACUCAAAGUGACUAUCAGACCCAUGUUAUUUUUCUCAUCCAACUUCAAGAGAGAAGGCAGUCUGUCCUUGACCGACCUCCAUGUUGUGUCCCUAUACAAUAUCAAGAACAAUGGCUCAUGGUAGCACAUGAGAAUGGCAUUAAGCUUCAGCUUUAUCCCAACAUGAUUGCAAAAGAAUGUGGCUGCAGAUAAUGGCAUUAAUGUGUAUUGUAUACAUUUAUGUCACUAAAAGCAAGUCUUUUAUAAAAAAAUGAAAUAUUAUGUGAUAAGAGCAGGGAGGGUGUUGCCCAUAGUAAACAUUUGUAGUUCUAGCAUAAUUCUUCAAGUUUGGGCUAGAAUGUGAAAGAAUAAAUGGCUAGUUUGCUGGGCAUUA